AGGACACCAACGGCCGUGUUUAAGACAUGAUGUUCAGCGUUCUGGUACUUUCACAGCACCUCUUGGCAGCUGCCGAGUUGGCAAUUGCUGGUUUACCUCCAGUGCCGCCACCUGUGGCACCCCCGGUGGCCCCGGCCCCGGUGGCCCCGGUGCUUCCACUGACGCGGGCCCUGCCGGACCUGCCUGGUGUGCCCCCGCUGGCGACGCCGCCGCUGCUGCCAGGGUCUCCUGACCGGGCCCUACCAGGGGCGAAGUCUGGGAUGAUCGAUGCACUGGCGUCAGAUGCCAUCUCCACUUCACCCGGGCCAGGUAUGAAGAUUAGCAUCGACAUGUCAGGACUGCACAUGACUGCGGAUGAGAUUCGAGAAUCUGAAAUCAAGUUGAAGCAGGAAGAAAAAGAUGAGGAGAGAGUACAGCGACAGGAGAUCGCCUUUAGACACGAGGCCUACAACUGGUUGAAAUCCCACAAGAACGACAUAGACUCUUCGGUCUGCAAGGCGGCAGGAACCUUCUUCAACUUCAAAGUGCUGACCGAAUUGGUGAAAAUGGGCGGAUCCGUCAACAAGCAGAUGUGCGGCGAGGAUUCUGGGACUCCCUUGCACUCAGCUGCCUAUUGGGGUCUAUCCAAAGGCGUGAAGCGCAUCAUGGAGGAGUUGGGAGGCGAUCCCAAUCUCUGCAAUGCCAAAGGCUUGCCCCCCGUCUACGAGGCAUGCGAGAACGUCGACGGCUCCAGCAACAAGGAAACAGUCACGGCCCUUGUCGAAGGUGGUGCAGAUCUCAAUAUGGAGGUGGAAGGAGUACCCUUGGUGAAGGUGGCCAUGCAGAAAGGCUACUGGAAGGCGGCCAGAUGUCUCCUGGAUGCUGGAGCGACGUGGCCGUUUGUCUUCAACCAAAAUCUGCGACUUUUUGGGAAGGACUACACAAUGCCCGACACUCCAUUGAGCAACCAGGGGGCGCAUUUCCAUUUUUGCGAUGCAGCAAGGACUGGCAACGUCAGUGCUGUCGUGAGCUAUGCUGCCUCCGGCAUGGACAUUGAUUAUGGCUUGUGCUGGUCGGCUCCCUUCAGAUGGUUGACCAGUGCCAUUGGCCAUGCAGCCUUCUAUCAGCAGAAGGACGUGAUCAAGCUCCUCAAGCACUUUGGAGCCUCCUCAAAGAUGUCGGAGAUGUGCAAGUGGAAGCAACUGCAUUGCCAGGGUUCAAGUUGCUUUAGUUGCUUCUCAGCCUGCGAAGCGUACCAAGCGAAAGAUGAACCAUUGAAGCCGUUCAAGAAGGUGCUCGAUCCUGAGAUAGCCCAUCUUCUGAAUUGCUAAAAGCAAUUGAAGGAUGGUGUUUUUUCCAUGUUUGUUUCUUCUGAGUUUUUCUUUGGUUUUGUUUUCUUUUUGGC